GUUACUCAUACACUCAUGGCUUGGCUCAUACCUGCAUAGAGGGCCGAAGCGGAGCAGGUAGACGCACAGAAAUAAGGAGGAAAAUGGGUUUUAAGACUGUGUUAUGGCUUCUGCUUCUACUGCCUGGCUUCCAUACUUUAAUUGGAUCUCCUCAGGAAGAGGAAAAAUUCUCUGCUUUAGAUUCCUCUGCUGAACCUACAGUAAAGCCUCGAUUACGUCGCUCUACUCUGAUGCCAGACAUCACACACCUAGAGCUGUUGGUGGUUGUGGGGCCCGACGUCCAGCAGGUCCACAAACAGGACACAGAACGAUAUAUUCUCACCAACCUAAAUAUUGCGUCUGAGCUGCUCAGAGACAUGACCCUGGGUGCCAACAUGAGGGUACACCUGGUCCGCAUGAUCAUCAUGUCACAGCCCGAGCCAGAGAUCCAAAUGUCCACCAACAUCACUUCCUCUCUGAGGAGUGUGUGUGACUGGGGCAGAAGGAUCAACCCCUCCAAUGACUCAGACCCACUACAUGCAGACCUCCUGUUAUAUGUAACAAGGUACGAUCUGGAGCUGCCAGACGGGAACAAACAGGUCAGAGGGGUGACACAGCUUGGAGGGGUCUGCUCCAGGGAAUGGCCCUGCGUGAUCACAGAGGACACAGGCUUCGACCUGGGCAUCACCAUCGCUCAUGAAGUUGGACAUAGUUUUGGAAUCAACCACGACGGGGUAGGGAACAGCUGCAGCCGGAGCGGCUUCAUAAUGGCCACAGACGGAGGCUAUAACAGUGUGGAUUUGACCUGGUCCCCCUGCAGCAGACAGCAGCUUCUCACCUUCUUCAGUGAAGGUAGGGCUGAAUGCGUCAAAGAUUUCCCUGCACUCGGAGGCUCCCUACAGGACUGGAAGCCAGGGUUGUAUUAUGGAGUUGAUGACCAAUGUCGUAUAGCUUUUGGCAGCACUGCAAGAGCCUGCUCAUUCUCCAAUCCUGACCUGCCAGCUUGCCGUGUUCUGUCCUGUCACGUUAAACCUGAAGAUGUCGGCUCCUGUAAACGCCUCCUGGUUCCUUUGCUGGAUGGGACAGAGUGUGCACCCAAUCAGUGGUGUUUGAAGGGACGCUGUGUGUCCACAGAUGACUUUGGUUCCUCUGUGGUGGUCAAUGGCUCCUGGUCCAGCUGGUCUGAGUUUUCGUCCUGCUCUAGGACAUGUGGCGGAGGAGUCAUGCUACGUACCAGGGAAUGCAACAACCCAAGACCUGCUUUUGGAGGGACUGAUUGUGAGGGUCCAGAUAUUGAGGCUGAACUUUGUCACCAACAGCCUUGUGAGGGGACCCAGCUGGAGUUCAUGGCAGAGCAGUGUUCUCAAACAGACCUCCGACCUCUGUACUUGCUACCCAACACUGCUUCCUUCUACAAAUGGAUCCCAGCUAUUGGAUUUGUUAAAGGCGAUGAGCAGUGCAGGUACAUGUGCCAGUCAGAUGCAGAGGACUUCAUAGUGAGCCGUGGGUCUCAUUUUGUGGAUGGUACUCGCUGUGAGUCAGAUAGCGCAACUCCAUACGGAGCAACAGCUGCUUGUCUCAGAGGCAGAUGCCAGCUGUUCGGCUGUGAUGGAGUGCUACACUCUGGGAAAGCGUGGGAUGUUUGCGGAGUGUGUGGUGGAAAUGGGUCGACCUGCAUUUUGACAUCUGACUCCUACAGCGGCGGUCGUGCCCAAGAGUACACCACUUUUCUCACUCUGCCAGUUAAUGCCUCCCAGGUCUAUAUUGUCAACAGUGGACCUGUUUUUACUCAUUUAGCUGUAAUAGUUGGGGGUGAGUACAUUGUGUCUGGGACUGGUGCCAUGUCUUUGAAUAUCACCCACCCCUCACCGCUAGAUGAAGACUACAUUCAGUACCGCCUUCACCUCACUCCAGACAAUUUACCCGAGACAGAAGAAGUGGUUCUACCCGGACCUCUUAAACAGGAGAUAACCAUACAGGUCUAUCGUAAAUAUGGACCAGAAUAUGGUGAAAAAACGAAUCCAAACAUCAGCUUUCAGUUUUAUGUGCCAAGAAACAAGAGCUUGGCUGACAGCUUACCGAGAGGAAAAUGGACUGCUUUCACAACACCUUGCUCUGUCACUUGUGGAUUGGGUAUAGAAAAGCAUGAGCAUGUCUGUGUAGAUGAACACACCAACAACCUUUUGAAGCCACACCACUGUAAAGCUCCUCCUCCGCCUACAGCGCUGCACACAACCUGUCAGCUCCCAUCCUGCCCCCCCAGGUGGGAUGCAGCAGGUUUUGGGGCUUGCAGCGCCUCCUGUGGGGGGGGAGUUCGGGUGCGUCAUGUGCAAUGUGUUCAAAAAGAUGGAUCCGAUGUGAAAAAGGUUCCAGAUUCAGAGUGUCCCUCAGAUAAAACUCCCCACUCUGUGGAAAAAUGUAACCUUCACCACUGCCCUGCCAGAUGGUCUGUGUCAGAUCCAGGAAACUGUUCAGCAGUGUGUGGACCAGGUGAAGCAAAACGCAACGUGUCGUGUAUCCGACGAGAAGACGGAUUGGAUGUCAUAGUGGAUCAUAAAUAUUGCUUAAAUCAGAUCGCACCUCCAGAAUCAGUGCCCUGUGUGGUAAACGUCUGCCCCAUUGGGUGGGAAUCUAAGCGAGAGGAUCAGCCUAGUUUGAAGUCUAGCUUGAUGCCACGUUCCAGACAGGCUGCUGUGUAUGUCUGGAGUCCUGUUGUCAGCCAAUGUUCCAGGACCUGUGGGAAUGGAACCCUACAGGUGUGGUUUUCUUGUGUGGAUCACCAGACGGGACAGGGGGUUCCUGACUUCCACUGUGACACUUCCAGCAAACCUGAUCCUUACUUUGAGAUGUGUGCUGUUUAUCCCUGCCCUCCAAUGUGGCGCUCUAAGCAAGGAGUGUGCAGUGUAACGUGUGGAGGAGGGGUAGCCAAGAGAGUGCUGUAUUGUGCUCGAGAGGCAGAUGGCGAGGAGGAGGUGUUGGAGGAUUACAGCUGCAGUGGCUUUCCCAAACCAACAGCCGUGAUUUCAUGUAAUACUCACAGCUGCCCUGCAAGGUGGAAGGUAUUCAAGACAUGGCCCUGCUCUGUAUCCUGUGACCUGGGUGUAGCUGAGAGGAAUGUGUCUUGUGUCCAAUUUAUCCAUGGUAAAGAGAGCGUGGUGCCAGAUGAUAGCUGCAGGGCAGCCGUCAAACCUGCCAUCACGGUGCCUUGCCUAGUGCAAGUGUGCACCUUCAAGUGGGAGGUGAAGCCAUGGAGCCAGUGCUCAGCACCCUGUGGAUAUGGUAUCCAGUCCAGAGCCGUCUUCUGCAUGGGCCCCUCGAAGCCCGAGCCCCUCAGCCCCCUGUUUUGCAUGCACAUGCCCAAACCCAUCACCAUACAGGGCUGCUACAAAGGCAGCUGUGGAGCUGUGGCCUUGAACAAAACCUCCCCAAUUAUGAGAACAAACCUCACAGAAAAGCGUCUCCCAUCUCCCGUUCCGGUACAUGAGGAUGACGGCGUCAGCGUUGUUCCUCCGAUUCCAACAGAGGCCGUAACCAUCCCACAGACUACCACAGCCAUGCCGAUGACAAAGUCUGGUCCAUGUGGACAGCUACUCCUGGAGGAAUCGGGCAUUGUGGAUUUAAAGGAUGCGCCGAGCAGAUGCACGGUGUCGAUAGGUCGACCCCUUGACGAGGUCAUCAGUGUUAAAGUCAUAUCCAGUUCUUUGGAUUGCAGACAAAGGGACUAUGUAGCAUUUUUUGAUCGCCUGGCCUUUGUGAGGAAGUGCGUUCAAGCAGCAGGCAGUGAACUGACCAGCAGAACCAAUGUCCUGUUUGUUCGCCAAAAUCUGCUCACCCGUGGAAAUGGGGUUGUGUUUACCUAUAGAUCGGAGAGGAGUAUGAAAAGGAGCCAUCGUCAGGAUUGCGACAUUCAGCUUUUUUCCCCCAGCGGCAUUUUUGAGAAUCCAGUUACGUCGAACGCCAGCCACACCUGCCGAGUGCUCAUCAACGCCCCUCCUUCAGUGAAGAUCAGGAUCCAGGCGCUGCACAUAGGAUUAGUAUUCAACACCACCAACUCCCAGUCUACAUACAUUAUGGUGCAAAGCAGCUUUGUUUUUAAUGCCAUGUACGCUCGCUUACUGGGGAUAUGGAUGAGGAACAAACUGUGUUAUUACUGUGUUUUUUCUGUCCAGAUCCGGGACAUGGACGUCCUAAAGACCACCGUGUUUAACGGCCAGCAGCUGUUCCUGUGGCGCUCCUCUGGAAAUAUGGCGGAGGUUGAAUUUCAUGGUGAUUACCUGUAUUCCAAAGGGACCUUCAGAGCUGAAUAUUCCUUUGUGCGUCUUUGAUUGAAGAUAUAAACUCUUAAGAAUAGAUUAAAUAUUAUAUGUGUAACAUUUCUUGAGUUUACAGUUUUCAAAAUAAUCAUUUAUUGUAUUCAGUAGAAAAAAGUAUUUAAUUUAAUUUACAUACCUAAUAUAUAAGCUUUUUUUUGGUGGGGGGACAAAAAAGAAACACAGAAGGAAAGGCAACCAGGAUCUGUUAGGAUCCACAUGGGACAUUUAAAAUAUAGACCACAAAAAACUCUUUGCAACAUUACAAUCGCUUUAACAACAUUUCAAAAUACACAUCUAUCAUAGAGCAUUUCUCCUUUUAAAGGCAGUGCAUUUAAAGUCACACGUUUUGCGUUUUCCACAAACCCUUUGGUAACAGGUUUCCUCUUAAUUCUCCUUUCCCAGCGUGGUGCUCGGCCAACGACGCUGGCAACGACAAGAUUUAGUUUCAGCUUCAUGCACACGCGCCGCGCUCAUGUGUGGGAUCACUGUCUGGUCCCGGCUGUUUCUUCCAGGAGAACUCUCAUGUCCAACAAGGCUUUCUUUACAGCCUGGGCGAAGUUGGCAGCGUUUGUCUCCUCACAGCUGUUGAAGGCCGUGAUGGCGAUGUUGAUAUGCUCAUCCAUGGGAUUGUAACACACCCCGUAGCCAUCUGGCACCAUUGGACCGAAACACAUCACACAAUCCGUCUUGGAACCAACCUGUAUAAAGAGAUGCAAAUAAAUGAAUAAAUUGGAAUGUAAACAGUCUUUUUCUCAGAAAUAAUAGAGUGUGAUGUUUUUUCUUCAUACCUGGCUGGUAUAGAGAUUAAAAUGAUGAGCUACUGCAUAUGAUGUAUCCAUAAAUAUCUCAGGCAUGGAGGUCAGAUCUUCAAUACUCUGCAUUUUUAGCCCAAGCAGAUGCCUGUCGAUCCCUUGUGCAUUAAUUGCCUGCAAAUAAAAAGGCCACGUAUGGUGGGGAAGUUAAUAAGUAGUUAAAGAAAAAAAUACAAAUAAUGAAUGAGUUUUUAAUAAAAGCUGCAGUUCUUACA